ACCUAACACGGCUAACGCGGCGGAACUGUCGUUUGAAGUGGAUCAGUGGACCUCUCUCCUGCAAGACUCCUCCUGCAACCCACCGCCGACGGCGGAACUCUCUCGGUUCUCGUUUCGUAUCGGAGAGGAAGGAGAGAGAGGGCCAGGCGGGCGGCGGUGGAUGAAUACCUCUCAAUACCUCACUCACGUGAUCACUUGAGCUGCACACAAAUAGUCUACAUGACGCAGCUCAGACAUGUCCACGAAGCAUCAGGCACAGAAGCACCAGGGUGUCGCUUUCGUCUGGAAUACAUUUCUAGACACAUCAAGACCGGAGAUGUAUGGCACGUUGUUGUGUACGCAGAGGGUCGUUCGUACACAGCAAUGCAGCAGCAGCAAGCAGUGGAUGCCGUGGCAAAAAGUGGUGCCCGCACGGGGUCUGGAAGUAUGAGGCGUGGCGACGGCCCAGCGAUUACCGGCCCGGGCGAAUGUGAACGCGUUAUGUAUGCUGGUGGCCGGCAGUUCAAAGUUGUGCAGAGCUGGAGACUGAAGGAGGGACGCGGCGUUGAGAUCACCACCAAGCUCUUCGACCCCAAGGCUGUCAAGCGCGCAGCUGCUAGAAACAGCGGCACCUCGGAGGCUUGUGAAGCAGAUUUGUCCAAGGUGGCCCGCGAAAAAGCUGACGAGAUCAUGAAGGGCAAGCGAGAGGCAGCUCGGAGAGCGGGCGUACCACAAGCCCGCGGGCAAGGUGGUGGGGCAGACAGUCACAUGUCUUGUCCCGUCAUCAGGGCGGCGGCGAGGCAGCUUUCUCCAAUUUUUCUAGUGGCCGGACUACAUCAACUUCAAGAGGAUCUGGAAAUCGGAGAAGGGNCCACCAAGCUCUUCGACCCCAAGGCUGUCAAGCGCGCAGCUGCUAGAAACAGCGGCACCUCGGAGGCUUGUGAAGCAGAUUUGUCCAAGGUGGCCCGCGAAAAAGCUGACGAGAUCAUGAAGGGCAAGCGAGAGGCAGCUCGGAGAGCGGGCGUACCACAAGCCCGCGGGCAAGGUGGUGGGGCAGACAGUCACAUGUCUUGUCCCGUCAUCAGGGCGGCGGCGAGGCAGCUUUCUCCAAUUUUUCUAGUGGCCGGACUACAUCAACUUCAAGAGGAUCUGGAAAUCGGAGAAGGGCGAGGACUUCAAGGAUCCUGGCCGCACUCUGUUCCUCUCGACACGGUCGCCCCGGACGGACAUGCUGCGUGGAAGGGGAUGUGGGAACACCUGGGCACGUUUUCGGAAGCGCUGGCAUGCCCAAGGGUGAACCUACGAGAGGGGGACCCGGAGGAUGAGGUUGUCAAUUGGACCCGGUAUGAAGACGUUGAGAGGCCCGGGAAGAAGCCCCUCCAAAACCAACAAGUCGAGAAGGAGGGCAAGCUCUGCGACCUGUGGGCGGACUUCAAGAAGCACAAUUUUAUCGAGAAAUAUUCGCACGUUCCUGGGGCCGUCCUCACCUGCGCGCGGCAUCCCCAAACCACGCUCAUGGUGGCUAUUGUACACUUCAGUCCGCAGCUGUGGGAGGGCGGCGGAAGGGUUCACCAGACCGAGACAUGGAUUUUUGCUUCGGAGGACCCUGCACACGACUUCGACUUUCACCGCCACGCGCUAACUCAGAUUGCCGACUACUACUUGGAUGGGCCCGGAAGUGAUGCAACUGCCGCCGCUCGGGAAGCCCAACGGAUCCCCCGCAUGCACAUGUUCACGGACGGGUGCGCCAAGCAGUACAAGGGGAGGCGCAAUUUCCGUUUUCUGGCUGACAGUGUGCUGCAGCUUGGCUUUAUCGUCGAACACCAUUUUGCGGCCACCUCUCACUUCAAAGGCUGCCACGACGGGAUCGGCGGUGUGGCGAAGAACGCCAUGAGGAUGUCCGAGCAACGUGGCGAUCUCAUCGCAGGGGCGGCUGGUGUGGUGAAAUUCUUUAAAGUGUACUUUGACCACAUCGGGGCUGGGAACAAGGAGCUCGCGGACUAUUUCGCCACGUGGUCGCCGUAUCGCAUCUGGCGUGUGCAUGUGAAGCUCAUCGGGCUGGGCGCUGUCUACAGGCCGGAGCAGCAGCUAAAAGGCAUCACAGGUACUCGAGACGCCUACCUCUUUGUAGGGGCCAACGCGGGGCUUACGGACCGCGCGACCACGACUAGGCGGGGGAGAGACGAAAGCGUUCCGGACGUGAUGGAGAAAGAUUGGUCACUUGCGAUGGGAACGGACGUGGGGGAGGUGGAGGGGACGGAGCUCACAGUGGAGGAAGAGGAGGAAGUAGAGUCGGAGAGGGAGGAAACGGAGCGGGGGUGCGAGGUGGUUCGCGCCGAGAAGGUCAUCCUCGCCCACGAGCUUUACGCCUCGGCCUUGUCUUGCUUUUGCUCAGCGUGCCGACGGCGCGAGUACAACAUGUGCUUUACGAAUAGCAUGUAUCCGGGGCAAGUCCCCGUGCUUAAAGCAGACGAAGUUGAGGAGACGGUCAUUAGGGUCACUGGGGUAGAUCCUGUGGUUGGAGUUGACCCCGUCCCUGGUAGAAAGAGAAAAUCGAAAGCAAUCGUGUUCGGCAAGGAGGAUUUCUGUAUGAUAAAGAGGGUGCCUGGUACGCAGUUCGACGAUUCUUUCUGCAACAGCACAUAG